AUGGAAGAAGCUGCGAAGUUAAUUUGUUCCGGUGGUGGCUAUAAUGGCGAUUUAGCCGCCGAAGGGGAAGAAAAGUGCGCCGCCAUUGCUGCGAUAUCUUCUGCCGUCGCGGAAAUCAACAACGGAGAUAGUUCCGGUGAAGGCGAAGCCGACUAUCACCACCGUGACGACGGCGGCGACUCCGAUUACCUGCCUCGGAAGUUGAGAAAGUAUCGCUCCAUAGCCGCGAUUUAUCAGUCCACCAAACCCUCGGAGAUCGCCAUCAACACCACCGCCAAACGCCGUCAGGGGAAAAACAACGGCAAGAAGGUGGCGAAGAGAACAAUGAAGAAGGCGGCGGCGGAUGAUGAAGAAAUGGAAAACAAGGCGGCGGCGACUGGCGGCGACAGUAAUUUUAUAGAGGUGGAGAGUUUGGAAGAAGCUGUAGAGAUGGAGGAGGCGUGCCCGACAAGAAAGCCCAAGUUUCGAUCGAUCUUUGAGCUCUAUGAGAUCACCCAGCUGCUCCCUGCAACUUCUUGUGAUUCUUAAUUAACUAACAACCUUUAAUUUGUCUAGUUAUUGUUAUGUUUCUUGGGAUUGAAAUUGAUAUUUGAUCGUUGAUUUAGAAGCAUAUACUGAUAAUCUGAUAUACAUACAUCGUAUAUUAAUUAUGUAAU